CUGUAGGGAAAGAAGGUAUUUGGCAAGAAGUCUUUACUUCUGAGAUACCACAAAGGUCUCUGCCGAUGUUGGAGAAAAUCAGUUCCUGGUGGCAUCUGUCUGCCUGGCUGUGCGAUUUCUGCUUCCCCUCUCCCCCAGUAAACCCCUUCAGGUUCUGCAUUGCAUCCUGACCCCCAACUCAGCCUUGUUCAUGUGCCAUUGACAUCUUAGGACACAGGUAUUUGCGUCAUCCUGUGUCUGAGCGAAGAUUGAAUAUAAAGGGCCGUCAUAAUUUUAAAAUUAUAUGAGGUAUGACUGAGGCUGAGAGUAGUAUGGCUCAUUUAUUUUUCUUCUUUGAUUUAUAUUUUCACAAAGCUGAUUGAAUACACAUCAUGAUGCUAACGCAAAAGCUUAGGUUUUUAGGUCCUACUGAGAGUGACCUUUUGAUAGUUAUUUCAGCCAUUUAGACUGCUGCAAAUAAAAAGUACAGACCUAGUGUUUGAGUGCCUCCUAGGCACUUUAUGUGACAUUUCUUUUAACAAAAAAUACAAAAUCAUUUUGUUUUUAAGCAUAAACUUACAAUUAAAAAAUGCAUUUACUUAAAACAAAAAAACCUAGCUACCUAUCAGUAUACUCAGAUGGGGGCCGAUUCAAGGAUGGUGGUCAGUUUGCUGGAUCUGUCUUGAACCCGUCUGUACUCAGAGCUGCCACCGUAUACCUGACGGGUGCUGUCCAUUUAGUGCUCUGUUGGCAUCUCAGGGAAUUGUGCAGUACUUAGCUGUUGAGGCGGCCAGCACCCCUCCACCAGCCAUAUCAUGGACCGUUGAACGUGGGUGGAGUUGGGAUGCAGUGAAGACGCAAAAGAGCUACUCAGCUGCAGUCCCAUAGGAUCGGCAUCUUAAAAGUGUGCCUGGUUCCCAUGUGUCUGCAUUCCCCGUAUUUCUAUAAAAUAUGAGUGUGGCUGUGGUUUUUCCUGCAUUUGUUACUAUGAAACCAGAAAAUAAUCAUGUCCUGAUUUUAUAUAGCAACUUUGUUGAAGUACUAAAUAGUAGGCAACUGUUAAUACAUGAGAAAGAUACAUAUGGUAUCAGACUACUUUUAAAUUCCAGAAAUACUAAUAAUGUCACAAAAAGAGAAAAAGUAUGUGAUUGUCUAUUUUUACUUCUAAAAAAUAUAUUUUAUGUAAAUUGAAAAUGAUGGGAAAUCCUGAAAUUUUAACACAGAUAAUUAUAUCCAAACUCAACUUAAAUUUAAAAGAUUUUUAUAAAAAGCUGAGGAGGUAACUUGAAAUUGCAAUAUUAGUCUCAUGUCUGAAUCUCUCAAAAGAUAGGUCUAUUUUAAGGAGUUGUGUUUUUUUGUUUCUUUUUUGUCCAUAUAUGGAUAUUAGUACUAUGGAAAUCUGUUGGGGGAGGGGAACUGGCUUCUCUGCAGAUUUUUCUUUUUUUUUGGAGAAUUUUUUAUGAGUUUAUUUGAGCCAGACUGACAACACAUGCGGGGAAACGAUCUCAGAUGCUCCCAAGAAUAACCAUUUUGCAGCUUUUAUGUGUCUGAAAUUAAGAAGGGAACCAAGGAAGAUUACAUGGAGGUGGGAGAAAGCAAGGCAGGGAUUGGAAUUACAGGGUAGUUAAGAUUAUGUGCUCUCUGGAGGGUUAAUACCCCCUUUAGGGGUAUUACUUCUGGUAUUUCAAAGGUGUGUUACCCGAGGUGCACAGGAAAAUGGACAGGGCUGGCUUAAAACCUUUCACUACGGAAGUCACAGGCCCGGGGCACGAUCACCCAACGUGACCUGCCUUGUUCGGAAUUUUUUAUCAGAUCACUCUGAGAGGUUACUUUCUGUCCAACCCCCUUCCCUCCACAGCUCCCCCUUUCGGUCAUAAUUAUCCUGAAGGGUGCAUUUGACGACCAACCUUUUGGUCAGACUGUGGUCUCACAGCACUGGGAAGGCCCGUUCCUAGGAUGUCUCAUUGACUGUUGGGGAUGGGGCAGUGCUGUAAUCGCGGGAGCUGAGUUGAGGCCGAAUUUUUCCACGGGAGGGGCAGGUAAGUGGAAUGCAGUCUGGUCGUACGGCUUUCAUUGCAGGGAGGGAAAAACAGCUCCAUCCUUUCUGUCCUGUGAACCGUCACGACCCGAGUUUUGCCUUCUGGCUCGUUUCUCUGUGGUAUAACAUUUACAUGCCCGUGAGGAGUCUUAGCAGCUACCUUAUUCAGGCUCGGUAAUCAUAAACAAGUGGACUACAUAGGAAGACCCGAAGGACAAGUGUGACCAUCGUGACUAAUGUCAUGAGCAGACAGGUCAUGAAACGAGUGCGCACCGAGCAGAUUCAGAUGGCAGUGUCCUGCUACCUCAAACGCCGUCAAUACGUGGACUCGGACGGUCCCCUGAAGCAAGGACUGCGGCUGUCCCAGACGGCUGAGGAGAUGGCAGCCCACCUCACAGUCCAGUCGGAAUCUGGCUGUGCCAACAUCGUGUCUGCAGCCCCGUGCCAGGCGGAGCCCCAGCAAUAUGAAGUACAGUUUGGACGCCUGCGGAACUUCCUCACCGAUUCCGACUCCCAGCAUAGCCACGAAGUGAUGCCUCUCCUCUACCCUCUCUUUGUCUACCUCCAUCUCAACCUGGUCCAGAGCAGUCCCAAGAGCACCGUGGAGAGUUUUUACAGUCGCUUCCAUGGAAUGUUUCUGCAAAACGCCAGCCAGAAGGAUGUCAUCGAGCAGCUACAGACCACUCAGACCAUCCAGGACAUCCUGUCCAACUUCAAGCUUCGAGCAUUCCUAGACAACAAGUACGUGGUCCGUCUCCAGGAAGACAGCUACAACUACCUUAUCCGCUACCUCCAGAGUGACAACAACACCGCCCUGUGCAGAGUCCUCACCCUGCACAUCCACCUUGAAGUGCAGCCCGCCAAGAGAACGGACUACCAGCUCUACGCCAGCGGCAGCUCCUCGCGCAGCGAGGGCCACGGCCUAGAGCCGCCGGACGUGCCGGCGCCCAUCCUGCAGAACGAGGCCGCGCUGGAGGUCCUGCAGGAGAGCAUUAAGCGCGUCAAGGACGGCCCCCCCUCCCUCACCACCAUCUGCUUCUAUGCCUUCUACAACACGGAGCAGCUGCUGAACACCGCGGAAAUCUCCCCAGACAGCAAGCUGCUGGCUGCCGGGUUUGACAACUCCUGUAUAAAACUGUGGAGUUUACGAUCCAAGAAGUUAAGAGCGGAACGCCAUCAAGUGGACGUGUCCCGCAUCCACCUGGCUUGUGAUAUCCUGGAGGAGGAGGAUGAUGAGGAUGACACUGCGGGCGCAGAGAUGAAGACCCUGCGGGGACACUGUGGACCAGUGUACAGCACGAGGUUCCUCGCAGACAGCUCAGGGCUGCUCUCCUGUUCCGAAGACAUGUCCAUCAGGUACUGGGACCUCGGGAGCUUCACCAACACUGUGUUGUACCAAGGACACGCCUACCCCGUGUGGGACCUGGACAUCAGCCCCUAUAGCCUGUACUUCGCCAGCGGGUCCCAUGACCGCACCGCAAGGCUGUGGUCCUUCGAUCGGACGUACCCGCUGAGAAUAUAUGCAGGGCACCUGGCCGAUGUGGACUGUGUCAAGUUCCACCCUAAUUCAAACUACUUAGCCACAGGCUCGACCGACAAGACCGUCCGGCUGUGGAGCGCUCAGCAGGGGAACUCGGUGAGGCUCUUCACGGGCCACCGCGGCCCGGUGCUCUCGCUCGCCUUUUCCCCCAACGGUAAGUACUUGGCGUCGGCUGGCGAGGACCAGCGGUUGAAGCUAUGGGACUUGGCCUCCGGGACCCUUUACAAAGAACUGCGAGGCCACACGGACAACAUCACCAGCCUCACCUUCAGCCCGGACAGCGGCCUGAUCGCCUCCGCGUCCAUGGACAACUCCGUGCGGGUCUGGGACAUCAGGAACAGCUACUGCAGCGCAGCAGCCGACGGCUCCUCCGGCGAGCUCGUGGGCGUGUACACCGGGCAGAUGAGCAACGUCCUGAGCGUGCAGUUCAUGGCCUGCAACCUUCUUCUAGUGACUGGAAUCACGCAGGAAAAUCAGGAACAUUGAUUUUUUCUUUUUUUUUUU